CGAAAGGUCAAAUAUAUUAUAUACACGGUGGCGUGUAGAUCAAGUUGUAUGCACGUUGCGGCACAGGUAGCCGCCGAGAGUCCAUCAGUCAGUUUUGGUCAUUAUUUGUUUUCGUUUCGAUCAAAGCAGUCUGUAGACACUCGAGAAUCCGUGCAAAAAACGUCAAAAAAAAAAAAAAAACACCACAACAAGAAGCGGAUUUUCCGUGUAUUCCAGGUAAGAUAUAAUAAAUCGUUGUAAUUCGCUAAAUAUCUAUUGUUAUUAUUAGCAUAUAUUAUAGCACCGGUAUAAUAUUUAAUUGAGUAUGGAAUACAAUAAAUUAAUGAGAAUAAUUAAACAUAAUAUAAGUAACUAGAUAGUUAAUAACUAGAUGAGCAAAAUUAACGAUAAAUAAUUAAAUAACAGUAUAAAUAAUUUUUUUAUAUUAAUGGACGUCCAAAUUUUCCAGCAAUUCGAUCGAGUUUUCUCCACCAUCGUCGGUCCCUCUUGUCCCUUACGAAAUUCAUUUGGAAGGCCGGUCUCAGCUAAAUAUCUAUAAUAAUACAGUGCAUUACGAUAUUGAAUUUAAUUCACGAACGUAUUACCUAUACGAUUUAGUUGGAAUAAAUACAAACAUAUAAAUUAUAUCCUGAGCAUUAUUGAGAUCUUAUUUUAGUUUUUUUUAGUUUCGUACACAUUUUACAAUGCAAGACAAAGGUUAUUAAACUGCUUACGUUUUAGAGUGGGGUAUGGUGAACAAUAUAAUGGAUUUUAACAUGCAAAAUAUCACCAGCGUGCCACGCCCUACUACUCUGUCCUAACAAUAAUAAUAGUACAGUAAAGUACUUACAUGAUAAUUUUUAAGCUAAAAAAUUAUUUUUUAUUCGCUAACAAUUUUACAUUUUUGUAUUUUAACAAUAUUAUUGUGUCUUUUAGAUUCUUAGUGUAACGAAGAAUGUAUUGAUUUUACGAAGAUAUUUAUUAUUAUUUUUUUUUUAUUAUGUAAACACUUUUUUCCAUCAGAAAACUUAUUUCAAUGUAUACGAUGUAGACUCUUUUCUGAAAGGAAAUUUUCUUGGGUUGGUACUUAAGGGAAAUCAUUUUAUGAUUUUCUUGGCAGUUUUUUCAUUAAAUAGGAAAAAUCGUGAUAAAAUGUAGGAAAAACGUGAAAAUGCAUGAAAUAUAGGUAUUAGUUGAAAAUUAUUUCGGUCUUUUUUUUUUCCUACAUUUUAACAUGAAAAUUGUACAAGUAAACUAUACAAAUCUAAAAUGGAUAUGAUAUUAAUAGUAAAUAAGUUUUCACUGUCGAUAAUAGUUUAUUGUAUAAUUUGUUUGUAUUUUAACGCAGCCAAUUGGGAUGCGGGGGGAGGUUGAAUCAUCUUUAGCUUUUCCGAUCAUCUGAAACAUAAUGUCAUAAUAUAAAUUAAAACUGUCAAAAACAAAAUAUUUUGACGUAGGUACAACAUAAUAUUAAUAAUAAUACUGAGUUAUCUAAUGCGUUGCAUAUUUUUACAACAAUCAGUAAAGAGCGGUUCAAUUAAAUUUGUUUGUUUAUUCUUUCUGUUACGAUUAAUAGAAUAUUGGCAAUUUAAAACUUAUCCAUACUACUUAUGAAUUCAUUAUAUAGUUCAAUGUUCACUAUAUAGGUACGUAAAAAGAUUUUUUCCACAACCGACGUUUUUCGUAAGAAAUAUAUAAUUUCGCAUCACUGCUGAAUUUAUCACCUAUUAUGUUACUGUGUUUCAAAACCUUUUUGUAAUCGCAUGAGCUUGUGUGAAAAAAAUUGCUAAAAUAAAUAUUAUUAUAUAUAAGGUACGUCUAUUUUAAAUUAUGAAAAUAUUAAAGAAUUCUGCAUUUUUAAUAAUAAUCUAUAUACUUAUUGAGAAUUGUAUUGUUACACAAAACUCCAUCAAUUCGAUAAGUUAUUAUGUGAUAAUAGCAGCAUUAUUUUCAUUAUAAAAAAAAAAAUAAUAACAUAUUUAAUUAUUUGUAUGAGUCCACAUGAUUCGUAUCGGUUAGGCCGGUUAUAAUAGAUGUCAUUUAUCGAAAUUUAUAGUUAUUAACUUAUAUAGGAUUUCCCCUCCUCCCCCGUAAUAACACGGUUUAUGAGUUUUUAACACAUUUUUUUAUAAUAAUUACUGUUGAAUAUUAAAAUGUCAAGAAAAAUAUUAUAACCAUGCUACAUACAAAUAAAAAUCAAAUUACUUAUUGGUCACGUUAGUUCCAAAUUUUUAAAUCGUAGUUUAAAAACGUUACAAUAAUCCAAUUUUAAACAACAUUUUUGAAAAUUAGUAUAAAAAAUUGUUUAUUUACCUUUAUUUAAAUUUAAAUUUACCACUAUAUAAUAAACACCAGUUGAAAAAGGGGGCUUUGAAAAUGAAGAAAUUUGAAUAUUGUUUUCUCCUUCUCCUUUACCUUCAUUCAAACUAUUUGGGACCAGCCUCCCUCGUCCUAAAAUUUCCACUUGAUCCGAUUCCUCAUAUCGUCCUCGCAUACAUCCGCCAGUCUAAUACCAUUACUAAUCAAAUCCAAUUUUUGGAUCUUCCUCUCCGUCUCUUUCUCCCUACGUCUAUUUUUAUUGCAAUUCAUAUUGUUUCUACUUUCUUUCGACUCAUGGCAUGCCCAUCUCAGUCUGUCUCUUACGUUCUUAUCUAUUCGGUCUACAAAUAAUGUUUUUUAUCGUUGAAUUUUACAAGAGCACAAAGCUGUCCCUGCUCAAAUUUGCUAUGCCGUACGUUUGUAAUACGGAGACAGCGCAGGCGGGUACCACGUCUUCUUAACCUUCAUUGAUGUUGAAUGUUACCAAAUCACUACUUUGAAUUUAACUAAAUUUUUAAAAUUAUUCAAAUGUCGUAAAAUUCUUAAAAUCAGUAUACAUUAAUGCUGUUGCGGUUCGUUAAAUAUUUAACAACACUCAUCAGCCUGCAUAUAAAAACUAUUAAAACUAUCACAGAAUAUUACUAACCCCUAUUUGUCUUCUUUUUGUACCGAUACAUUAAUGUCUUACAUUGCAGUACCUAUUAUUAUUAUUAUUGUCAUAUCUUUUCGACUAGAAAUAAAAUUAACGAAAUUUCAAAAUUAUAUUUUGCUCGAUGAACUACCUAAUUUCGGCGUUCAAUCAUUCAUAACAUAAUAAUAUACAUAUUAUAUAAAUAAGCGAAAAUCAUGUCUAUGUAUUAAAUAUAUACCUAAAUUAUAAUAAUUUAUAAGAUCCAGUAUAAUAAUUGUAGGUAUGACAUACUGUAUAUUUGUAUGUUUAAUACACAUUGUAUAUUUUAAACGAUUUGAUGAUAUCAUUAUCGGUAACAAUGCAUAUGACGCACGCGUGGGUUUAGUACUUAUAAUUACAGCAUCCUGAAUAACAUUUUGCAUUAGAUUAUAAUAUGCAUACGCCUUAUAAAAUAUACGAAGUAAAUUAUGUGUAAAAAUUAUCGUUUGAGAACAUCGAACGUUACCAAUACAACAUGAUACCAUCUAUGGUUAUGAUUCCGUAAUAUCUACGGAAAUUUAUUUUAUAAAGUGGACGAUGAACGGAUGAAGACGCGUUUUGUUUUCAUUAUAGAGUCCUAUUUGGGGAUAUAAUCAAGUAAUAAAUAAAUUAAUACACAAUACACGACUACAACUAUAAUUUAAUACGCAAUAUUGAAUCGCCUCUUACGAAAAUCGAAAGCUCAGAAUUUCAACAGACAUUAUAAAAAUCUUUCGCUUGGGAUUGUAAAUUAAUUUUACAUUCUGUUUUUCGGUUUAUCCUAAGUCUUAAAUUGAAAAAAAAAAACGAAAAAUGAUCACUCUAGAGUUAACAUAAUAAUAUAUAAUUACUUGUUUAUUCUAUGCAUAACAAAUUCGGUUUAGGUACCUGUCUAAUAUAAUAUUACAAUUAUAUUCAACAUUCAGAAUAAUGGUGACUAAAGCCAGUUGUAUGAUCCACAUCAAACCAACGACAAUAAUAUUUUACAAAUUAUAAUUGAUAUGGCUUUUCGUUUAUGAAAACCAAUUUACAAAUGACUUGGAAAAUAUUGGUGUUUAUUUAAAGUCAAUCCCCAGCUACACAGUGGGGCUAACUUCAUUUGAAGUUGUAUUUCCUUCAAACAACCAUUUGUUUCACAAACUGAGAUCGAAUGGGUUAUUACAUUGUAUUACCCGACAGUGAGAAAUUGUUUUAAAAUAUUUAAUACUUAAUUAAAACUUGUGUAUUUUUAUGACCCCAGUACCCGGCAAGUAUACACGUAAGAAUUAGGUAACGAACUAUACGAUAAGCGACUAAUAUUAUCACUGUGUGAUGAAAACUGUUGUGGAAAAACUCAGGAAAAACUGUUACAAAACCGCUGCCGAUUAAUCGUUAUGAUAAUAACAAUAUUAUUACACAUAAGCUAGAGGGGGACCAUACAUAAGUGGAUGUCUAGAGAAUAAUAUAAGCGUGAAAAGAAAUGACGAAACUGCCUUGAAACUUAACCGUGUCUGCGACAAUAGAAUAUACAAAUGGCAAUAUUUCCGGGUCUGCACAUACACCAACCAUUAAAAAUGAUUGAAAGCAAAAUAUUUUGAACGUUCGAAAAAAAACGUAAUAUUAUUAUUGUUAUAUAGGAGCGAACUGGGAAUAAAAACGACAGAAAAUUAUAUCCAAAAUGUUAAAUAUCGACGGAAAAAAACAACAUUAUUAUAAUGGAAUCAAUUAUUUAGGUAUUUUAAACAAAUUGUAUAGUUAAUUCUUUAUAAAAAUAAAAACAAAAACGUGCACGUUUACACGAUUAUACAAUUAUGAUUCAUCGGACCAGGUACAUAAAAUAAGUUAACUCCUAAUGCUGAAUUACCAUUCAGAUAAUAUUAAUAUUUUUAUAAAUUAAUACAAGUCCAAAUAAUAAAAUGUUCGAAAAUAUUCUUACUUCAAUAAAUAAUAAAAAACUAUAAAAUAAUACUAGUCCAAAUAAAUAACUCGUUAUGUAGAAUGAUGCGAAAGUACUCGCAUUAGAUCGUAACGGACUCGUCUGCUUCGACUCUAAUUCCAGCUGCGUUACAUUUGCUCGUUUCCUUUGUCGCGCUGCCUUUUAUAGUCCGUGUGGUUCGGCUCCUCUAAUUAUGGCACUGGACGUCCGACAGUGUGAUAAAUAACAUUUUUUUUUUUUCGUACAAUACAAUUUUAAACUAAUUAUUGAGAUGUAUAUGAAGCUUUUAUAUUCCGCAGACAAAUUUAUAAAUUGUAAUACGAUUAUGUUCUGAAGCGGCGUAUCUUCUAUAGCUCGCACUAUAGCUACGUACGGUCUACGAAAUACGUAUAUAAAACUGUGCAGUUAGUGCUCACUGUUUAUUUGAAUAUCCUGUAAAAAUUAAAAUGAUUAUCUCGUUGGGUUAAAAUAAUAUUAAUAAUAAACAUAUUUAUAUGUUUGAUGAGGAAAACAUUUUGCGAACUAUUUGUAUGGGUACUUGCAUUUGAGUCAGGCGAGGCUCCAGGGGGCGGGGGGCACUGGAGCCAUGACCUCUCCAAAGCUUUCCAAAAAUUUAAAUUUUUUUAAUGCAUAUUAUUCUCCUUGUGAACAGUAAAAUUACUUUAUUAGAUAUUUAACAAUUUUAUUUUGCCUGAAAAACUCAUAUUAUUAUGAUAUUAAUAUACAGUGUGUAUCAUAUGGGAACGUGUACUAAUUUAGGAAAUUACCAUUAUUGGUAGACUGAUGGUUUAUGAACCUAUAUUAAAUAUUUAAUUAUCAGAUAAAUAUAAUAUUAUAAAUGUAUAUACUACACACAUAUCGAUUAUAGACGUAUAAUAAUUAUUAUUAUUUUUCUUUUUCUGUAGCAAUUUCGGCGUAUAAACAUUUUUAUCGGGAAUCGUUUUUUCCGCGGUCAUUUUUGAUUUGACUAUUGUUACCAGACCCAAUCGGUGACCACUUACUAUAGGUUAGGUGCGACUCGGAUACGGAUUUUCGCUGGGGUGUCUUCAGGAGGGUGAGGGCUAGACACAGCGGCCCACUAAACACGAUAUUUUGUUAAAAACAACUGCACAAAAAAAAAAAUAAACUUAUAAAAUAUGUUUUUAAUACACUUUUCUGAAAAAUAUGACUUGCCCCAACCAAUUUUCUGAAGCUGCCCCUGAUUUGAGUAAAACAUGACAGAAAAACCAUACUCAUGAAAUCAUAGAGAAUAAAGGGAAUCUAUGAAAUGUAUACGUCAUUUUUAGCGAUUUUGAACAAAAACUACGAUUUGAGUUUUGUAUAUAAUUUUUAUUUUAUUUUCGAUUUAAAAAAAUUAAUUCGUGUAACACCCUUUUCUUUUUGUUUUUCUUCGGGAUAUAAAAGUGGUCUUAAAGGACCAUCCAGACAUCUAUCUAUCUAUUUAUAUUUUAUGCUCGUACUUUCCUGCAAUUUCUUAGUUCUUCCACAUCUCUUAUGACUACUACACCUUUCCACCUCGUACUAAAUAUUGUAGUGAGUUCUAUUCUUGUCAUAUUUCGUUUCAAACUCCGAUUUGAUGUUUUAUAUCCCCGUAGUUCAUUAUUUUAAUCUCCUUACUUUUCUAAUAGCUUCUACCAAGGCUAGUUACUGCAAGGGUAGACAGUAUAAGUUAUUUUUAUCAGAAACUUAAAACUUAACUAGUUAUAUAAUUACUAUAUCAACUAGGUAACUUGGCUAGUUACAUUAUUUUUUUAUUAAAUGACAAUAUCGUCAAUAAUGACGUUAAGUUUAAAAAGGACUGACAUACUGUGCAGCCACUGUUAUAAAUGUGAAGUUGGGAAAGUUGAAUACAGAAGGGAAUUUAAUAUAUAUCUGUAAGCAAUGUUAAACCAUUGCUAACAAAAAAACGAUUCUGAGUGGAGUUCAGUUGAUAGUGAUGCUUUGUCAACAAUAUGUAUUUCUUAUUAUGGUAAAAUAAUUAAAUAUGCAUUAUAUAUUUUCUUUAAUAAUAAUUAUUUAAUACUAUACCGAUUUUCCCGUUUUUCAUUCUUGAUGGGAAAACUCUUGGGAAAAUCGAAAAAUUACCAAAACUACCUUCCCGGUCAGAGUUCCUUUUAGAAAAGAUGCUACAUCGUAUACAUUGGAGGAAAGUUUCUGGUAGAAAAGUUGCACACAGAUAGAAAAAAAAAAAUAAAUUAACAUCUUUAUAAAACCAUAAGCUUUUUCGCUAGUUCGUUCCACUUAGAAUCUAAAUUAAGUCACAAUGUACCCGUAUCAUAUUGCAUUUCAUUUUUUUGUGUAUGCGACAGUUUCAUAUACUAUCGGGAUGGUCAAAUUGUAUUUUUACCUAAAUCGAAUGGUUGAACAGCCUUCGAAUUGCUGCACUUAGUUUUAAUAACACUAAUUUCCUUCAUGCACGAAAACAAUGUAUGUCAAUGAGUUACCGUAUGCUGCUUUUAAAUAAGCGAUUGUAAAAUGUAAACCGCGAUACCAUCCUGCAGUGUUCAUGUUGAAUGCCCAUUAGUGUUAGGGGCCGAUUAUUUGGGUAACACAUGAGUUUCCACACCAAAUAAUAAUUUCGACGUUGCUAUUAAUUGAACAAUGAACCAUACAAUUAAAUUAGGUAGUAGGUAAUUAUAAAGAAAUAUUAUUUUGCCUUUUUUCUCGAUAACCAAGUAAAGUUUUUCUAACUUAGUGUUUUCAUUAACUUAAUUUUAAUCUAAGUUACUAUUUUUCACUAAAAUUUUAAUUAACGUAAAUUAAUUACUAGUUUAUUUUUGUUAGUAUUUUAACGUUAACAAGUUAAAAUAUUUUACUAACUUGCUCAAACUUGACUUCCACAAUAUUAUAUCGUUGCAAUUUGUUUAUAUUUUCGGUAAUACAAAACGUAUAAAUAACUCAGCGGCCGUACGACAUAAACUACAAAUAUUUUAUUAUUUAUAAUAUCGUUAAUCUUUUGUGUUCAACGUGUACAUAUUUUAAUAUAUCGAAAUCCGAAGUUCCGUGCAUAAUUUGUAUUUUUUGGAAAUAUUCUGAAAACACAAACAUUCAAGGUCUCUUCCGGUAAAAUGCAAUGCGUAAUAGACGUUAAUCAGGGCCGGAUGAAGGCAGUGCAAACUAUAUACGCGUACAGAGUCCCGCACUUUAGAAGCCCCGCGUCUAGUCAUUAUGGUAGCUAGAUAGUAGUUUCACAUGAUUAUUUAGGAAAAUACAAAUUGAAAGAAAUGAUUUAUGUAUAAUUUUAUUAUUAAGAUUUAACUACGUAUGGUAUUAGAAGAUGAUGAAGCAAAAAAAAAAAAGCUUUCUGAGACCCAGCAAAAACGGCUGCACAAUGGCCUCGAUGUUUUCCAAGCCGGCUCUGAUGUUGAUAUAUUAUUAUUGAUUUCAAAUAUCAUAAUAUAAUAUAUUAUUACAUUAUAUUAAAUUGUAUACGUAGAUUAUUAUAGCUAAUAACAUUAUCAGUGGACGAAUAAAAUAUUAUUAUCACUCGAUUAUCGAUGAUUGCAGAAUUGUUUAUUAUUUAUUUUUAAUUAACUAUAGGAACUUAGGUACAUAAUUAGAUAAAUUAUAAAAAAAAUUUAGCAAGGAGUUUCGUUGAUAGUUUUCUUAACAAUUGGAAAAAAACAACUCCAAUUAACAUAAUAUUAAAACAAACGGACCCACUUCGUACGAUGGGUGGACCACUGUUGUAGCUGAGAAGUUGGGAAGGUAGAGGAAAAAUUGAAUGUAUAUCUGUACGCAACGAUUAACCAUUGCUAACGAAAAACGAUUCUGAGCGGAGUUCGGUUAUGCAUGUUUUAAAAGACCUUAAUAUGGACUUGAAAAUAAUACAUUUCGUUAAUUUUCCCGUUUUUUCAUAUUUAUUAUAAAACCCUGGAAAAAUCAAAAAAUGACCUCUUUAACGUACCAUUUCAAUUAGAUUUUCUUUCAGAAAAAGUGAUACACCUGAAAAUCAGAAUAAAAUUUCUGAUAGAAAAAUUGUUCACAGAAAAAAAAUGAACAUGAUUGUAAAAUUAAUAUUUUUUCUCGCUCCGCUCAGAAUCUAAUACAAAAUGCCCCUCGAAUGCCUUGAAUAUUUUUUUUAUCAUUGAGAGGAGUACCUAAUGCGACUAAUGUAUUGGUCUUACUAUGUUAUGUUGACAACUUUUCUGCCAGAAAUCUUCCUCCUAUCAUCAACUUUCGUUAGCAAUGAUUUAUCAUUGCGGACAGAUAAAAAUUAAAUUGUUUUACAUAAUAUUGGCUACCUUCUGGAUAUUAUUUUUUUCCAACUCGUUACGAUAACGAUCUAUUUUUAUAAAUUAUAAUUCUCAUUCCUACGUAUUUGUACGUAGUGAGAUACCUACAUACCUUAUAAUUUACAUUUUACUACCGUAUUAUACCUGUUUGUAAUAUCCACUUAAAAUGUCCUUGAAUUCGUAGCCUUAAGAAAUCCAUAACAUUCGUACAUAUUCUGCAACAUUUAGUUUAAUUAACAAGGUGUAAAGAACUAACCUAUAAUUUAUAUAUUAUGAUGAUAUGAUAAAACCAUAGGUAUACGUACAUAGCCCAAAAUCAGCAAAAAAUAAAAACGUUAUCCAAUAAUUGUUGGAUCACGAUUUUUUUUUCUGGUCGGCAUGCUUAUACAGUUAAAACAAAUAAAAACACCAUAGUGUUUACACGAUUUGGUAUUUUCUUAAUACACAUUUUUAACUACCUAUUGUAUACAAUAGUUUCGUGUACUUUUUCCCGUCACCGCUACAUAAAAUAAUUCGGUUGACUUAAUAAAAAUAUCGAUUCUUUUGCAGUAUAUUAGACAUAAUAUGCCUCACUAUAAAAAAUCAUAAUAUUAUAUUGUUUUUUCUUCCCGUUAAUUUAUAUUUUGUCCUCUCUCUGUAUAUUGCAGGCGAGUGAAACGUCACGAUGACGUCGUCGACCGCAAAUUACUAUACCAUGACUUCGCUACUAGCGCUCCUACAGUUGAUACUGUGCGUUGUUAUUACUUUUCCGUCGUCUGAAGCCGCGUCGACGGGUUCUCCAACUUCAAAAAGCCCAGCGAUACUCCGCUCGUCAGUUAUGCAUCCCGCAUUCGAAUCCGCCGGCAAAACAGCCGGAAUUAAAAUCUGGAGAAUCGAGGUAACAAACAAUCAAUAUUAAUAAUAUAAUUAUAAGGUAUCAAAUUUUUUUUUUAACAAAUUUCAUAUCAGUUUAGUACCUACUUCCAUUAUCACUUUCUCUUUUUCUUUUUUUCUGCAUAACAACACAACAAUCGUAAAAUUAUUAUACAUUUAUGCCGUGACCUAUUAUAAUAAUAGUUUACUGCUUUGACGUCCAUUAUAUCCGCUUUAAUAUUAUUAUACGAAUAUAUUUUAUAUUAGACCUCUAUUUGAUAAUUUAUAAGAAAAAAAACCGCUUCGAAUCUAAAAAAAACUGCGUCACACGAUGAGUUUGGCGAUAAAUUAUUAUUUCGAAUUAAAACGUAAAAUAAUAUAAUGUAUUUAUAUCUAUUGUGUAUAUAUUAUUAUGAUACAAAUUAUAUAAUAUUCCGUAUUAUCGUUUUUGAAAAUAAAAUAUUUUUAUAAUACCAUUGCCCAUAAUAAUCUUGAAUAUACAAUACCUAUAAAAACAAUAAUAAGUUGUUCUUAUAUUGUUCACUAUUGUACAUUUUGUAAGGCUGUCGUUUCUCUAUAUUAUUUAAUGUUCUAUAAUAUCUGCUUGAUAAUUGUCCAGUGCCAACUAAACGCCGUUCGUCAGCUACAUAAUUUACUUAUAUAUUAUGAAACAUUUUUAUCCAUAAGUGUUUAAAUUUUUUUUCAAAUCGCUUAACGGAAUUUACAUAAUAAUUAUGUAUAGAUUAUGUAUGUACAUUAAUACUAAUAAUUGUGAUAAAUUCGUGUUAUUUAUUUGUAUAAGUGGGGGAUAUCCAUAAUAUUUUUGACGUCUGAUUUUUGGGAAUUAAGUACCUAUUUUUAGUCCUUGUUAGUACACAUAAAUAGCCAAAAACGGUUGGUACACCAUGGACUCGAAAUGAAAAAAAAAAUUCAAUCAGAACGGCAGUUUAAAUUGUCUUGGUUUGUUUUGAUAUUUUAAAAGUAAUUUGAAAAUCGAAAAAAAAAUAAAAUUUAACAAUUAAUAACAAUUUAAAAACCGCUUAAUAUUAUACAGUAUAUUAUUUUAAUUUACAUUUUUCAUAGUAUUCGGAACUAUAUAUUUACAUAGAUGUUUGGAAAAUACGAAAGUAAAUUUAUUUUUUAAUUUUAGAUUUCAGUGUACCGAAAAUUUAAACACAAGUCAUUUUUCAAAAAUAGGAUUUAAAAAAUAGUUUAUUCGCUGGAGAUAUUUAAUAAAACUGAAAAAUAAAUACUUAUUUUACAUACUUAUCUUGUCAUCUAUAAUAAUCGCUUCACUUACUCUGAAUCAGGGACAGUGUACGUAGGUAUUUUAAAUUCAAACGUGACAAUAUAAAAUUAUCUAAUUAAAAAUACUUAUAUAAUAAAAGUGUACAGAAAUCAAAUUCAAAUAACGUUUGCGUAUAUAAAUUCUUCUCGUGUUUCUAUACAGUUUUCGCAAUUUCCUGGGUAUUGAUGUAUAUAAGGAAAUUAAAAAGAAACUAUUGUACAAUAAAAAUUACCAUUUUUACUUCAUUUCCUGUACCCAAAAAUAAAUAUCCUGCACAAAUUAACUUCUACUUACUGCAACCUCAAAACUCCGCUGGGAUUCGCGAAAAAACUAAAAAACCAAAACAAAUAUUAAUAAGUUUUUUUUUUUUUGUGAUACUCUUCGUUAUAUAUAAUUUAUAAAAAAAAAAAAACUGACCGUAAAAAUAAAUAUUUGAUAUUUUUGGUUUUUAAUUUUUAACAACGUUAUUAUGUUAUUUUAAAAAAAAAAAAAAAAUAGUAAUAAAGUUUGUAGAUAUGCGGGUAAACUAUAUAUUUUACAAACCUAAUACAUUUUAUCAAAAAAAGUUUACGAUACCUUGUUAUAAUGUAUAAAAUAUUGAUACAUCCACCUAUAUUAAUGUUGUCGAAUUGUGUGAAACAAAUGUAUUCCUCAAACCCCUAGUAUAUGAAAAAUAAAUUCGCAAGGUAUUAAUGGGUAGGUAUCGAAAUACUAUAUUACAGUAGUUGGUUGCGUGUUUCGUAUCAAAUAAAAAAUAUAAUAAGACUUUUAUCGAUCAAAAAUAACCUAAAAACACAUAUUUUACAUUCAAGCAAUGAUUAAAAAAAAAAUAUGUAUAUAUAUAUAUAUAUAUAAAUUUUUAAACAGUAAUCAGCUUAUAAUUAGUUUAAUAUUAUUUUCGUUACAAUUUUUAAGGCUAUCAUAUUAUUUUACUAUCAGCUAUUAUUAUUAUUUUUUUUUUAUGUUGUUUUUCAAUAUAUUUUACUAUUUAUUAUCGUCAUCAUAACUUACUAUAUGUACACUAACUGAAAUUCAAAUUAAAAAAAAAUAUUUAUAGCGUAAGUAUUUGUAUUCAAUUUUUUUCUUAUAUGAUAGUUGGUAGGUAGCCACUAAAAAUAAAAACUAGAAAAACAAAUAUGUCUCUAAGCGUAUAAUAUUAUUAGGGAUACAUUAACGGGUGCUAGGGGCUGUAUAGACCGAACCAAAAAACAAAGAGGGCCGCAAUAUUUCAUCUUUUUUUUACUAUUCCAAAUUUUUUUAGAUUCUAAAUAUAGCUAUUAGUUUUAUAAAAACAUAAUGUGUGUAUAGUAAAAAUGUUCAGAUUCGUUCAUGUCAUAUCUUCAAAAUACAGAUUUUUCGUCUGCUGAUAUUUUUUUUUUAAAUAUUUUUCGACAUUUUCACAAAUAUUUCAGAAUUAACCUCCUAGGUUUUUUUUUUUGUUUUUUUGAACUAUGCGUCAUGACCUUACCGAUAUACAUUUGGUAAAUCUAGAUAUUUUUGAUUUUUGGUCCCAUUAAAGAAAGGAUUGAGUCAAUUUUGUAAAUACGAAUUUAAAAAUUAUAAAAACACAUAAGAAAAUCUGGUGGAAAUUAUGGUAUUAAAAACUCGAAAAAUUAUUGAACAUUUUGGGAAGAGAAAUACAAAAGAAAAUGGUGAAAAAAAAUUUAUAAAAUUGAUUGAAAGUUUGAAUAUUAUUUUUGUUUAUAAUCUAUUACAAAAUGUAAUUAGUAUAUAUAUAGGCAGAGCAUAACAAAUGACUCAUUAACUCAUAAAAAAAAAUUAUCGUAGUUUGAUAUGCUCUGACUAAUGAUUAAAAUAUAUUGUAAUAAUAUAUAAUUGCAGGAAAAAUUAAUAUUCACAUUUUCAGGAACUUCAACAAAUUGUAGAAAAUAGAUUACUAUACCUAAAAAAAUAUAUUUACCACUAAAAAUUGUCUAGAAAUCUACUUUACAAAAUAACUAACUAUUUUGAUUUUUUUUUUUUUAAGUAAAUUCAAAUUUCAAAGUUUGUAUUUAAGUUCCUCAAUUAAAACAAAAGUUAUUUCAGGUGUCUGAUCUUCGCGUCACACUCUGUAUAGCCCCCCUUCAGACUAUAAUCGUAAUACGACCAUGAAUAUGUAUUAUCUCUAAAAAUAUAAUUCUAUGGUGAACAAAAAUUUAACAUAGGUACCCAUAAAAAACUUAUAAUAAACAAGAUUUAUUUUUACAUCUCAAAAUAAUAUAACAUUACGUUUACUUAACUUAAUUUAGUUACUCACGACAAACGAAUCUACUCGAUCGUAACAGAUUUGUCGAAAAUAUAUGAAUAAAAUAGCCUUUGUAAAAAAAUAAAAACAAAAGUUCAAAAUAUGCCUACAGCACGGGGCCACAAUACGUAUUUACGUAAUAAUAUAAUUUGUGAUUUUUUUUCGUGGCACAAUGUUUUUAGCGUUGAAAUAUAAUUUAUAAUAAUAUUCAUUAUACAGGUGUCCGACAAAAAUUCGACAAUAACUUCUGUUCCGUUCAAUAUUUCAAAUAUUUGUAUUAUUUUUUUUUUUUUUUUAAGAACUACUAAGCCUUGCGCUAUAAUUCCUCUAUAUAUUUUUUUUUUUAAAUACAAAUUUAAAAUUGUUUUUACAAAAUAUAAACUGUUAUUUUUUGAAGUUUUAGAUAAUUUAAAUUGUUUUCAUUGCCACUAGUAAAUAAUAUCAAUCGAUUCAUUGAUUUUUCUUUGAAAAAAAAAUGUUUGUUAAUGAUUUUUUGUAAACGUCAAUAAAUUGUAUAAACUUCACUAGUCAUCAUUAGUAAAUAUUUAUAACAUUUCGGAUUUUUUAAUUUUAAAAAUCGUAACGCAAGGUUUUUUAAUUAUUUAAAAAAAAAAAAAUGUAAAAAGUGUAAAUAUUGUAUACUGAACAAAAAUUGUUCCAUUUGUCGCAUCUUCGUGAGACACCCUGUAUACGUGUAAUUUCUUUUUGUCAUCAAUAAUAACAAUACAGUGGUGUAAAAUAAAAACGUGUUUGCAGUAUACUUACCCAACACUAUAAUGUACUGUUGCAGUGUUUCCGACGUUUUAUUUUCCAAAAUAUAUUAUACACACCAGACAGUACAGUCGUAUAGACACCUAUUAUUAAACGAACAAAGUUUUUGUUUUAAUAAAAACAUAAAAGGAAGGUCGUCGGAACACGAACGCUCGACAUUCGCUCGUAAACCAAACAAAUAAAAUACUCGUAUUAUUUGUAUACGUGCUUGUAAAAAAAAAAAAAAAACAUCAAACAAAAUAUAUAAUAGUAAACUCAGCCGGAGAAUUACUAUAAUAAUUAUAAUGAUUGAUAUACAUCUCGAAAUUAAAUAGUACAAUAUUAAAAAUCCCCUACUUACUAUAAUCACUUCACACUUGACUAAUUUUUCAACGAUGAUAAGAAAAUGAAGAACAUUUAUAGUAGUAAAGUAGUAAAGUGAACGAUUUUCGAACUCUAUAUAAAUGUGUUUUAACUUUGGAGGCACACGCGAACCGUACAUUUUUUUCAAACUAUGAAAUAAAAAAAUAUAUGAACAUGCAAGGACCUACGUCUAUUUUUAAUUAUUAUUUCUUUUUAAUAACUUAUCAAAAGAAACAAAAAAAAAAAACUCUUUUGCUCUUACACACUUGGUAGUUUAUAAAUAUUUCAAAAACGUGUUAUUAAGAACGAAAAUGAUGUCUUUGCCUUUUUAAAAAUGUAACGAUACGUGUUUACCGUAAAAAGAUCAUUAAUAAUUUACUAUUAUAAAACUGUGUUAUUUGAAAACAUGUAAAUUGGUCUCCUUUUAAAAAAAAAUAUAUAUAUAACUCUUUUAAAAUUUAUUUGUAUAUAUAUUUUCCGGAAAUUAAAUCAUUGAGAUUCGACUUUUUGCCGCCGAAAAACAUUAUCAAAUAUUAAAAAUAAUCGCCCACUAAACACAAUGCCACAUAAUUCAUAACAUAAUGUUAAAAAUAUUUUCAAACAAAAUGUUAUAUUGUAGGAACAAAAAAAAAUAAAACUACUUGUUUACCAAAAGCAGAUAAUAUACAUAAAAUUUUUAAAAAAAAUGUAAAAAUGUAGAUGAUAUAAGUUUGAUUUGUUUAGGUUUAGUUCUAAAUAGAUUCCAAAAUAUCAAGGUUUGAACGGUUUGAAGUCAAUAUUAUAAUAUGGAGGGAGGGGAAGCACGGAAAAACUGCCGUCGAUAUUUCCAUGUAGGCUACGAAUAAACAAAACCACCGAAACAUAAUGUCUUAUGAGUUAUAUAGUAUUUGUCGAAGGUGUUCUUUGAUGUUUUCUGAUGUUGAAAGUUAAGGUUAAGGACAAAAUCUACCCACUUACGUCCCUCUCUUUUCAGAUUAAACUUUAAAAUAACGUAGGUGUCAGUACUUAGUGAAUCAGUCGACACACGGUAUAAAAUCGAAUUUAAGUUUUAACCUUCGUCUGGGUUCACUGGUUGAAAUAAUACAACAGUCCCUACAAAUUACAAAUAAUACUCCUUAUUAAUGUAUAACGUGUCGUCAUCGUGUCGAUAAUUUUAUUCUGCGGUGAUGAACACUCAUGAUGAUCAUGAGCAUCUUCACUAUAAUAUUAUAGAAACCGAUUGUUCUUUACUUCUAUAUUUUAAUUGCCUUCUAUAUCCGAGUACUGUAAAUAUUGAAUAUGUAUUCGAUACGUCUCGUCGACGAUAAAUACAUAGAUAAUAAUAUGGGUGCUGAGUAGGUGCGUAAUUUAUUCGAUUAAUGUUCCUCGUUGACGAUUAACAAUGAUAAUAAUAAUAUGAACUAUGAAGUAUACUAUAACAUUGUCGAAAAAGACAAAUAAUGUAGUAAAACGAUGAUGACAUUCAAAAAAUAUAGUACCUAUUAUAUUAUAUAAAAUAAAAUUCAAUGUUUCGUUUAGAGUCCAAAUUUUGUCACAGACAUAUUAUAAUCGGUAUAUUGAAGUUAAUAUUUAAUUUUUUAAAUUUUGUAUAGGAUUUUGAACCGGUACCCUAUCCAGUGAAAGACUAUGGCAAGUUUUACACGGGAGACUCGUACAUAGUUUUAAACGUAAGCUUUUACAACAGUAUAUGCAUAUAUAUUAUAUAUCAACAAAAUAAUUGUAGUUGCGUUCUUAUUAACAUUAAAAAUAUUUAUCUAUAUUUAUUUAUAGUCGAUAGCAGAUAAAAACAAUAAAAUAACCAAGUCGGACAUUUACUAUUGGUCUGGUAGUACUUCGUCUCAAGUUAGUACCUAUAUCUACCUACACCUAAACAUACAUUUAAAACUUAUAGUUUCCAAAAUGUUCAUUGUACAUUUUUAUAUUCAAGGAUGAAGUGGGCGCCGCGGCAAUUCUUUCCAUUCAAUUGGACGACGCCCUGGGCGGAGAUCCAGUUCAACACAAAGAAACCCAGGACCACGAGAGCCAAGCUUUUCUAUCCCUUUUCAAACCUUGUAAGUGGUUAUUUUUAUCUUUUGAUUUAACAUUGUAUUCAUUCACAAGCAAACAAUGAACAUCGCACUAUUUUUAAUUAUUUUUGUUUAGCGAUACGCUAUCUGCCCGGAGGUGUAGCUUCUGGUUUUCAUCAUGCUGAAAUCAAUGCCGAAGGAUCGAAAAAAUUAUAUCAAAUCAAAGGCAAACGGAAUAUUCGUGUGAGACAAGUCGAACCGAAAGUGACGUCCAUGAACCAAGGAGAUUGUUUCAUUUUGGACUCGGGCAAAGAAAUUUACGUAUACGUAGGACCUCAGUCCAAAGGAACAGAACGUUUGAAAGCCAUAAACGUGGCAAAUCAAGUUAGAGACCAAGACCAUUUGGGAAGAGCAAAAGUAAACAUCGUUGGUAAGUAACAAGAGCCAAAGUGAUAUUAUUAUGUAUAUUGUUAUAUUUAAUCGAUUAAAUUCGGUUAUUUAAAUAAAUAUUAACAUCGAUCAUUUAAACGUCAAAGAAUUAAACUGUUGACGUAAAGUUAAAUUACUUAAAAAAUUGUUCUAGAGAAAAACAAGUACCUAAUGUUUUCGGUAUAAUUUGUUCACUUAGUAACUCAAAACAAAAAAUGUUUAGUUUAAUUGCCUAUAUUAACGACUUCUUAUAGUAUUAUAUUAUAUUUUUCAAUAACACUCAAAAGAUAUUUUACGAGCCUACUCACUUUUUUUUUAACUUUACCUACCCAAAUGUAAUAAUGUGGAGUUUUAUUCAAUAUCAACGUGAAAACGAAUUUAAAAUUGUUAACGGGAAAUGGGAGACUGUGAAAAGGGCCCAUAUAACGCUCCAAACGCUCCGCCCUUUCAGGUAAUAUAGGUAUUGCUAUGCUGUUAUGAUUACGAAUUUCCGGUCCUCUUGCGAAUAUUUAUAUUCAGAACAUUAUUAUUUUUCACCGAUGACGGUUUUACUUGAAAUUAACUGAUCGUGGACGCAUUUAUAAUUUGCCAUUUAAUGUAGUAGGUAACAAUUUAACCGAUGUAUAGCGUUUAAUUAAUAUUUGAUUAUUACUCGAAUUAAAUAACAUAAUUUAUAUUUGAAAACUAGAUGCAUCGAGUACUCCAGAAGAAAUUGAAAAGUUCUUCAAACAAUUAGGAUCCGGAUCCGCUAAACAAGUUCCUGCAGCCGUAGAUGACGAUCAAGAAUUUGAAAAAAAAGAAACGGUAAGCGUUACGAUAAUAAGUUUACAAAAUCGCACGCCGAGAAAUCUUCAAAAAAUGUUGAAACAUUUUUAAAUUAUUCGAUAAAAAUAUUUAAAUUUGAAUGUAUUCAUUUUUGACCGUCCUAAAUUUAUUUCCAAUUUUCCGUCAAUUAUAUAGGUACUAAUAUAAAACUACCUAAUUCUAUCGUACAUUUGAAAUUGAUACAAUUAGAUAUAAGAAAAAAAUUAAAAAUUAUAAAAUCACGCUUAAUUUUUUUUUUAACUAAUGGGGACGAUUACUCAAUAAACGAUGAGCAAUGUACACUACAUUUAUUUACUUAUAAAUAUAAUUUGUUUAUACAAAUGGAUAUUCGCCUAUAAGAUUAAAUAUUAUUCUUUUAAUAUUCUAGCAAUAUAAUUUAGAUAGUUUAACACGUGUUUCCUUCCAAACGGUUUUCUAAAAAAAUACCCGUUUAUAUAUUAUAUUAAGUUGAUCCAGGUCAAUAUUUUAUUAUAGUAAAUAUUCAAACAAUAUCAAUUUCAAUGUUUGCAUAAAUACUUAUUUAUACAAAUAUGCAUUAUAUUAUAAAUAAUAUUAUUGCCGUUGAAUUUUGGUUUGAUUUUGUUUAACAAUCUAGGUAUUUAACAAUACUAUUACAUUAUUUAUCGUCAACUGCCCAUCAAAAACUCGUAAGUCUUUUACAAAGUUUUAACAAGAAAACUGUUAUUGAGAAAAUUACAAAGAAAAUCAAGAAAUGAUCUCUCCCAAUACACCAACUAGAUCAAAAAUAAUACGAUAAAUUUCCUAUAAAGUUUUUUUAGUAGAAAAGUCGUUCACAGAAACAAAAAAAAAAAAUAACCAUUUACAAAUUUGUUCUGAUUAACCGACGGUAUAUUCUCUUUGAAUGCUUCUGUCGCCCAGACAAAAAUGUUAACAUGAUUUAACAAUCUGAAAAAAAUGUGAUCGUCGAGUCGAUUGAUAAAAAAAUAAUAAAUAAAUUGUUUAUAAAAUCUAUACUCAACUGGUAUGAUUAGUUAUAAAAACGCAUUAAUGUGGAUAUUAAUAAUUUAAUAUUAUUUGUUUAGGCAACACCCGUUUUGUACAAAAUAUCGGACGCACAAAGUGGAAAAAUCGUAUCGGAAAAAGUCAAUCAAUCGCCUCUCGUCCAGUCACUUCUGAAAACCGAUGUAUGCAUAUUCUGUUAGACGUUUGAACCGUGAAAAUAUUAUAAAAUUACAUUUAAACAAUAUGCAUGUAUAUAUAUAUAUAUCUAUAUUUCAUUUUUCAGGAUUGCUUCAUUUUGGAUACGGUUUCUUCGGGAAUAUACGUCUGGAUAGGCAAAAAAGGCACAACUCAAGAAAAAGUCGAAUCUCUCAAACGUGCGCAAGUUUUCAUCAAGGAAAACAACUACCCGGCCUGGACGACGGUACGUGGACAAUUUUUUUCAUAUAUACUCUCAGAACCACCAAAAUUCGUAUACGAUAAUAAAGUUAAAUAUUUAUAAUAAUAUUUUAAUGGAUGUUAUAUUAUUAAUGCAGGUAAUUCGAGUUAUCGAGGGCGGUGAACCAACAGCGUUUAAACAGUACUUUGACAAUUGGAAGGACAAUGGAAGCCCAAUCCGUCUGUAAUAAUGUAGGAAAUAUCGUUAGAACGAUACAAUUAUUUGGAGUUUUAUUAAGAAUAUGUUCUUUAUCCAAUACUAAUUGAUUUUUUUCUUUUUAAUUUUCGUAAUAUUUCAAUCAUCUAUAUUUAUAUUAUAUAAUAAAAACUAUAAUAAUUUAUAUUAGUCAUCAUAUUACACUCUAAAAAUACUAUUCGAACGAAGAAGAUUAAUAGGUACUUUAUCAUUUAUAUUUGAUAAUAAAUAGAAUUUAAUGUUUAUUUGCACUAUUUUAUAAAGAUUACCAGUUAUUUUAUCUAGUUUGAUAAAUUGUACGUAAUUAAAAAAUGCACAAAAGUCUUUUAAUUUAUUUGAGUAAUUCGAGUUGUUAUUUAAAAUACCUUCAAAACCAGAAACGCCGAGCAUACCAUGUAGACCACGGAAUGUCGAAAAGGUAUAUGG